AUUAGACCUGAAUAUAUGAUGGUCUGACUGUCCUACAGCUUUCUUGAAUUGUCCGUGUCGAAAUUGGAGGAACAACGUGAAGAAUGUCUUCCUGGAUCCAGCGUCACGCCAACACCCACCAGUCUCAACUGGCGGCGACCGCUGUUAUCUCGGGCGCCGCCGUUGCAGGCGCAAUACUGGGAUACCAAACAUACCGCCGGAAGGAAGCAGUCAAAGGGCUCAAGGCUUCGAUUCCCGAUAUCAACGAGCGCCACCAUGCUGAACCUCUCACCGAGUAUGGGACUGCGCCCGCGCCCAUGAGCAAGGAGGACGAACGCAGCGCGGCUCUCGCGCGCAGGGCACAAGAAGGGGACUACGAUGAUGACCUUAUCCUCGAACAACUCGCGCGCAACCGCGUUUUCCUCGGCGACGAAGGCCUCGAGAAACUCCGGUCGGCGUUCAUUAUCGUUGUCGGCUGCGGCGGUGUUGGAUCACACGCUGUAGCUUCCUUGACACGGUCAGGUGCGGCCAAGGUCCGGCUCAUCGACUUCGACCAGGUCACCCUAUCCUCUCUGAACCGACACGCCGUCGCCACUCUCGCCGACGUGGGAACACCAAAGGUGCACUGCAUUCGCCGGAGACUGGAACAGAUUACCCCGUGGGUGCGGUUCGACUGCCGGAACGAGCUCUUCAACGGAUCCGCCGCGGAGGAUCUCCUAGCUCCGUGGAGCAUGGACGACAGCGACCAGGGUCGGAAACCGGACUACGUGCUGGACUGCAUCGACAACAUCGGCUCCAAGGUCGAACUGCUCCACUACUGCCACCAACACUCGAUCCCCGUGAUCUCGUCCAUGGGCGCCGGGUGCAAGUCGGACCCCACACGCGUCACGGUGGCCGACAUCUCGGCCGGCACAGACGACCGGUUGUCGCGCAGCACGCGGCGGCGCCUGAAGGCGCUCGGCGUCAGCACGGGGAUCCCAGUUGUUUUCUCCACGGAGCGAUCAGGCCCGGGCAAAGCCAGCCUUCUCCCCCUGUCCGCGGAUGAGUUCUCCAAGGGCGAGGUCGGCGAGCUAAGCGUGCUGCCUGAUUUCCGGGCGCGCAUCCUGCCCGUCCUGGGGACACUGCCUGCUGUCUUCGGGUACACCCUCGCCAACCACGUUAUCUGCGACCUGGCGAACUACCCGAUCGAUUAUAGCCUGGGCGGGAAGGGCCGCGACAAGGUCUACGAUAGCGUGCUGGGCACUCUACAGGGCCUGCACGAGCGCCUGGCCCGGCUGCAGGUUGGCCACCAAGUAGUGGGACUGCGCUUGCCCCUGACGAGGGACGACGUCGGAUACCUCCUGGACGAGAUCUACCACGGGAAGAGCGUGGUGACGGGCCUGCCUAGCAAGCCUGCUCUUGUUCCCUGGCAGCGACCGGCUCGGGGCUGGGGUCCGGACCCUGAAUGGGAGAAGGAGGGACAGAAGUUUGUUCCGAUCCAGUUGAAGGACUUCGUGUGCAUGACGAAGGAAGAAGCGGCGCGGCAUGAGAAGAACGUGUUGCUGGGUGACAAGACGGUGGAGGAGAUGUAUGACCGGAGCGUGGUUGAGAAGGUCAAUGAGCGACGGAAGGAGUUGGAGGCGUAUGAGAAGGAUGUGUGAUGAGUUUAGUGAUUAACGAGUUUGAUGUAUAUUAAAAUGUAUAGACACGAUGGUGCUUAUAUCUGCCACCUCGCUUUACUUCGUGGCUUGAGCGUGUUCAAUAUGGGGAGGUGUAUAUGAUAUUGUGUCCGACGCUCAGUUGUCUGACCUUCAUCUUG